AAUGCGCACUGGAAAUUUGGUGGAACAGAAUGAAAUGCGCACUGAAAAUUUGGUGGAACAGUCAAUCACAUCUCAGUUCCAGGUUCUUACAUGAUGCAAAAAAUUCACAAGUCAGAAGAGUACCCAAGAAGCCGUCGGAUCAGCAUUCAACGGUUGGGCGCUAUCAUCCAUCCUCCAUCGGGACGCGCGAUGCUUCUACUACCACCGUAGGUUGCGCGUGUGGCCACGGCCGCCGCAACCGUCGUCUCCGUCCGUCUGCCGCCAGAUGGCGCCUGCCUCCACGCCGGCGACACCCACGGCCGUGUACGUGGCGGCGGUGCCGCUGCGGGCGCCCAGGGGACCGCCCCAGGCGGUGUUGUCGGCGGGGUACUCGCUGGGCCUGUGGGACCUGCAGCACUUCAUGGUGCUCCUCCGGCCCGACCCGGCCCGGGGCCAGGCGUUGGUGUUCGAUUUCCAGCCGCGAGACCCGGAGGACGUUCUCGCCGCGCUCGCGGUGCUGUCGCGGAGCGAGAUACCUGGGGUGGUUCGGAGAAGAACGAUGCGGAGGAUCCCGGACAGGAGGUGCUGGCUCGUCGGGCGCUGCGACGGGGACGCCGUCGACGCCGCCGACAGGUUCAGCGAGCGGUGGCCGACCGGCCUGGUCGUCGGGGAGCACGACUGCAGGGACUACACCAACGGCCUGGUCGAGGUCCUGACAGGUGAAAAACGUGUCCUGGAGUCGCUCAGAUCGGGAGGCAGCGCCAGCAACAGCGGGGCGGCGCCGCCAUGGUAUGGAUGAUGGAUUACUGUCCGUGUGUACAUUGUGAACCAUCUACCAUCAUUUUGUGAUUUCUAACUGGACGUCAAGAUAGAGAUUGCAAGUAAAUGAGGAGGAGAAGCUAAAAAAGCCGUCUCAGACAACAGUGUAAUGAAGAAAUGAAGGCACUUUCGGAGUCCCCUCUGCUGAAGAUUGAAGGAAAAGUAGCUUGUCCAUGUAAUCAGGUGAAGUUUCUGAACAAGAUGUUGUUCGGUUCGAUCUUUUGUCAAUCUCUUUUGCCAUACCACUCUAUUUGAACAGUGAUAUCCAUAGCACUAUCUGAAGUCUGAACAAUGGUCACUAUGUACGUUGCUUUAGGAAAAAAAUGAGAGGAAAUUUUCUCAUGAA